AUGGAAGCCUUAACAGCGAUUGGCUUGAUUGCCAAUAUCAUCCAGUUUGUCGAUCUCGGCGCGAAGCUUGUCGGCUCUGCGAAGGAGAUGCGCGACUCUGCCAGCGGCAUGACGGUGGAGGACAAGAGCCUGGAGGAAGUCACCAUUGAGAUGCGCGAUCUCACUUUGAGGCUGGAGGCCCCUAAGACGCGCGCAAGCAGCCAAGAUGAACGAGCCCUCCGUCUGUUAGCUCAAGAAUGCCGUGAGCUGUCAGAUCAGAUUCUCCGCCUUCUGAAGAAGAUUGCCCCCAGUAAGCCGAACUCAACCCUUCGUUCGAUUCGAUCAGCAAUCAGGACUAUCAAGUACAAGGACGAAAUGAGAGAACUCGAGGAGAAGCUAGCAAAAUGCCGUAGCCAGCUGCAUCUGCACCUGAGCAGAUUGACCAAGUCAGUCAUUGUCAAGCUGACGCGCAUCGCAUUGUUCUAA